AUGGCUCGUGACAGCAACGUGAGGAUACGGAUCCUGCUCCUAGGAGCCCCAGGUGUCGGCAAGAAUUGCCUAGAGUCCAGGUUCACCACCAUGACCUAUCCACCGCCGUAUAACCCGGCCUUCACAUCGUGCAGCCGCCGAUUGCUUACUCUCGCGGCGAAGAAAGCCGAACCCUCAACGCCGGUUCUCCAGUCCCCGCCGCCGCCAGACUUGUCGCUCGGGCUAUCCUUUGACAAGAACGGCAGGGAGGUGUCAGACGCGCAUCGCCCACAGACCUCCUCGUCGGUGUACUCGGAGGAUGACUCGGCAUCCGGCGUUGUCAGGGUGCCGGGCCCAAGAGAGGCGGCUCCCUCUCGAUUUGAGUCCCGAGGGACCCCCGAAACGUGCGCCGAGUGCGUGAAAUCCGCCAACACGUUCAUGGUGGAGGUCAUCAACUACCCCACGCUCCAACUGGCGCGAGAGAGGGCGAGUGUGCUAAACAUGGGCGAAUACGACGCGGUGCUCCUCUUGUAUGAUGUUGGAAGUCGCGAGUCUUUCGACAUUGUGCCGGUUCUGCAUAGCGAAGUCAUCCUGAGGAGCCGAUUCUACGGUAAAAGAUCAAGCUGGAGGUCUCAGGGUUCAUUGGUAAAGGAGGAACCUAUUAUCGCCUUGGCCGGUAAUAAAGCCGACUUCGAUUCCGAACGACCCGACCCCGAGUUGACCUUCAACUUGCGCAAGUCAAUGGAGAGGUGGGGACAGAACGCACACCCGACUUCUAGCGGAUCGCUUGAUACGAUUUACAGCGACGAGGACGAGCCCAUUCGAUCACCCAGUUCGUUGAACAUCAGCAUGCACGAAUUCGUCGCCGACGGGAGACGCUCGGCCAUGUCCCUGGACACAUCAAGCACCCGUUCUGGAGCCAAGCUGGUCAAGCGAAAAUCAACUCAGAGUGUGCGGGUAAACGGAGAUGGUACCCUCCCUAGAAUGUCACGCCGAGCAUCGAAGCGUGAGCUCGCAAACAUGUGGCUUGACAAGGGGAUAAUGCCCCGCGAGGGCGCGACCUUGGACGAGGUUGACGAAAUGGCUCAAAUGGGAGGAAAGUCGUACCGGAGACAAGUAGCCAGGGCCGAGGGGGCGGACCUUGCGCGACAGCUUCAGCUCCGAGUGCCGUUCCUCGAAACGAGCUCAAAGACAGGACAAAACGUUGAGGAGAUGUUUGAGGCGGUGGUGCGCCAGGUCUUAGUGAGCAAGGGCCUGAAAGUCCUUUCCACUGUGGAUUGUCAAGGUUCCAAACCUUGUCGCCGAGACUCGGCAACGGACAGCAAGUUUAGUAGCGCGGCCAACAGUCCAACUGAUGUUGGCCCCGAGGGUAAAUUGGCCAUUCACCCGUCCCCCCCACGACAAGUGGCAGGCAGCGGUGACGAGUGGCCCUCGUCAUUUGGCUCAGGAUGGGCUUCGGAGAUCAGGGAAGAGGUUAGAAUCAAUCCGGCACCGGUCUCGACUAAUGCAAAGGCGAAGAAGCAGGGGGUAUUAAGGCGAGUGAGCAGCAUAUUCGGAAAGAAGAAGCAGAUGUCAGUCGCAGGGGUAUCAGCAUGA